AUGCGCUAUCUAUUGCCGUUCCUUCAGGCCAUAAUCCUUUCGUCCGCACUCAAGCUCACAAACCGCAAACGGUGUCACGCUGAUAUAUACGACGAAUUCCGAUGGACAGCGAUCUACCGCAUGAAUUUCUACCGCGAGAUGCUGGCUCAGGGAAUGGCGCCCAACAAGACCGACAAACUGCCCGGCGCCCAGAACAUGUACAAACUUUGGUACGACUGCGCGCUGGAAGAUUUCGCCUAUAACCUGACGUCGGCUUGCGGAGACCUUGAAUACCCUAUCAACAGCAUGUUUUUUGCUUCAUUCAACUCGACUCCCAUGCCGGACGCAGCUGCGCCCGGCAUUCUCGGUUCAUGGAUCACUGAACACGUCGCGAUAACUCAGAUUUUUGGGAUCGCCGCUGACGUCAGGGUCACUUGGAGCACGCGACAUUGGUCAUUAUUGGCAACCGGAAGGAGGACGCGUGUCGGCUGCUCAUACAAGAUGGACUGCAACGCAAGCCAAUCGAUGGGGACUUCGGAGCCAUAUUUCUGUCACGUUGUGUGUAUCUUUGACACCUACCCUGCGGACAUCGGUCAAUCUGCCUACGAGGUAGGCCCGAAGUGCACGAGGGAUUCGGAGUGCACCACUUAUGCCGGAAGUACCUGCGACGUCGGCCGGGGUCUCUGCGAGUUUCAUGGAGACUCAGCGAACGUGCAAUGUCCCGCGAAAGUGUCGAACAUGAUCGACCCGCAACGACAACUUAUAGCCGCCAAUCACAAUUAUCGCAGAUCGACGGUGGCCAGGGGAUAUGAACAAGGUGACCAUGGUGCCGAGCUUCCGCCGGCCAAGAGGAUGACCAAAAUUGUAAUGCAUCCCGAUAGCUCCGAAUUCUGCUUCCAGAAGUACAGCUGCGAAGCGGAAAAGUCGGCGCAAGAAUGGGCGUCCCAGUGCAUUGCAGCCCAUUCCCCCAACAGAAAUAAUACCGGGGAAAAUCUAUACUUCUUUCCGGAUAGUCAAAAGGCUUCCGAUAUCGCCCUCUUGGAGGCAACGCUGCAAUGGUGGGGGGAAGUCGAACGAUUUGCUGUUGGUCCUGACGGCAACCUUACCGUUCCAGUCUGGGCCCAGGGUCUCGGAAAUUAUACACAGAUGAUUUGGCAAGAGACGACUGAAGUGGGUUGCGCGUGGGCCCACUGCCCUGACUUCACGUCCGUCGUCUGCCAUUACAAACCCGCCGGCAAUCAAAUGUACCAACUAAUCUAUGAACCCGGACCGGCCUGCCAAACGGAUGAAGAUUGCGGAAGCGGAAGGACUUGCAUCGUAUCCGACGAGUUCCGACAGACCGCACUGUACCGCUUCAAUUUCUACCGCGAGAUGCUAGCCUACGGAAUUGCACCCAACCAGACCGGAGCGCUGCCCGGAGCUAAGAAUAUGUAUAAACUGGCGAGUUUUGAAAGCGCAAUGUAUUUGGAUCGCAAAACGCUCGCCUCGGCCCCAGAUAUCUUGACUGCUAUGAUAACAGGGCAUAUUAAAGAAGCACAAACUUAUGGGGUUGCUGCUGAAGCGAAAGUUACGAUCAAUACCAUUAAUUGGGGACAGUACGCAACCGGAAGGAGGACACGCGUCGGCUGCUCUUACCGGAUGAAGUGCCGAGCAAAAAAUCCGAUGCGUCCCUUUCGAUAUUAUAUGGCUUGUGUUUUUGAUACGAGCGCCUCGAGUUAUGGAGAUCCUGCUUACGAAGCCGGCUCUAAAUGCGCUCAGGAUUCCGAUUGUACGACGUAUCCAGGAAGCAGUUGUGAUGCAGCCAGGGGGCUAUGCGAGUAUGAUGGAACAGUGAUUAACCCGCAAUGUCCCAAGGCCGCUUACAGCCUAACCGGCACUCAACGUGAUCUCGUCGUCAACACUCACAACCAGCUGAGAUCGAGCCUGGCCCUGGGCAACGAGCCCGAUCGUGCUGGGUUCAAUGCCCCGCCGGCCAGGAGGAUGACCAAGAUGAGGUACAGCUGCGAGGCCGAGAAAUCGGUCUACAAAUGGACGACGCCAUGUCCCGCUUCAGAUUUUCUAAAGCGAAACAAUACCGGCGAAAAUACGUACUAUAGGGCCGGUUACGUGGAGCCGGUUGAUGCACUGAAGGAGGCAAUAGUGCUUUCAUCAUCCAUGAAGUUAAGUGAUGAUAAAAACUGCCGUCCAGAGGUGACGGAAGACUUCCGAACCGCAGCGGUGGAACGCCUGAAUUUAUAUCGUCAAAUGUUGGCCCAAGAAAUGGCUCCAAAUAAGGACGGGUGGCUGCCGGGGGCGAAGAAUAUGUACAAAAUCUGGUACGACUGCUCCCUCGAAGACAUCGCGUACCAAUUCACGUCUACGUGCGGAAAAUUGGCAGUUACACCUCCGAACACCGUUUGGAUGUCCGGAUACUUGGCCCUAGACGACAUUUCGCGGCUCCCAAGUAUACUCCAAUCGAUGAUGCGUUAUUAUAUAGCUGAAGCGACAACAGUUGGGUUUGCUGCUGACUGGGUGAACGUUUCGACGGAGACCAGUUCUUGGGCAGAACUAGCAACGGGACGCCGCACCCGUAUCGGCUGCGCGUAUAAUUUGAACUGUCCGGCUCUCGGAUACCUAAUGGCCUGCGUUUUUGACACGAGGGCCGCCGACAUUGGAGAGCUAGCAUAUCAAGUUGGCGAUGGCUGCGCAACCGAUUCGGAUUGUACCACGUAUCCGGGAAGUAAAUGUGAUGCCGCUAGAAGUCUGUGCGAGUACAAAUAUAGUGAUGCAAGGGUUAACUCGAAAUGUCCUGGCACGACAUCAAUGAUGACGGAUGCGCAGCGCGACCUCGUGCUCGACUGGCAUAACCAUUUGAGAUCAGGCUUGGCAAGAGGCGUUGCUGACGUUGCCUUCGGCUAUGCUCCAACGGCAAAGAGGAUGACCAAAAUGACGUAUAGUUGCGGGGCGGAGAAGACUGCAUAUGAAGUGGCUUCUCGAUGCUAUUAUUCUCAAUCCACGAAUAAGGGAGAAAAUGUGUAUAUUAACAGCUUUAGCUAUCAAGAUCCGGCUGACGCGCUCAAUGAGGCCAUUCAAAGCUGGUGGAAGGAAUCUAGCUCCGUGAGCAGCAUGAGUUUCCCAAACCUCACCGAUUCCACGUUGAUAUCCGCACGUCACUUUAGUCAGAUGGCGUGGCAAGAAACAACCGAAGUUGGCUGCGCGUGGGCUCAUUGCGUCAGUUUUACCUACGUUGUCUGUCAUUACCGCCCGCCAGGAAAUGAACUGUAUCGGCUCGUCUACGAACCCGGACCGCCUUGCAAAACAGACGCAGAUUGUGGAAGCCGAAGAAAAUGUCUUGUGAAUGAAGGCCUAUGCCAACAAUGCCCGGGACCCAAAUCCAAGGUGACGGAUGCCCAGCGUGACCUCGUGCUCGGCUGGCACAACCUGUUCAGAUCGAAACUUGCCAAGGGGAAUGCUCCAGAUAAAGAUGGAGGAAAUGCCCCGCCGGCCAGAAGGAUGACCAAAAUGAAAUACAGCUGCGGGGCCGAGCAGUCGGCCCAGGAAUGGGCCUCUGAAUGCAAAUUCGGAUCGUCACCGGAUCGGAAAGAUACGGGAGAGAAUGUUUUCUCUAUAGAUGACAAUGCUACUGAUCCAGAGAGAUGUCAACAAUGCACCGCAGCCAUGCUAACAAAAGAUCCAGCGUCUCCGCCAAAUGUGUUUGCUAUUACUAGUGAUGAGUGGGACGCUGGUGCUCAAGGGACAACGCAAGGAGCCGCCGGAACCUCAUCAGUUUCCGAUACCCUGACUUGCGCUGGGAAUGGGCAACAAUGGCUGGUUACACAUCAGGACGGCGGUCAAAGCGGUGUCAGCCGGGUCGAAUGUUCGGUGGAAGCG